UAUUAGUUUAAUUCCAAUGAAGUGUAUCAAUAAUUCAAUCUGAUCAAAAUCUCAAGUGGACUAGAUUGGCUCAAUUAAGAGAUCAGGCAACUUUUAUAAUUAAUAUAAAGUUUGGAUACUAACUCCGAAUUAUAACUUUCUUUGUGGGUCGUUAUUAGUUUCAGUUCCAACGAAGUGAAUCUGAUCAGAACUCAAAAGUCAAAACUCUUCUGAUUAGAUCUGCAAUGGCGGAAGCUUCUAACUCCGACACCGGCAAAGAGAGUCCGACAUUCAAAAUCCGAAGACUGGAGAUCUCCGACAAGAGAAAAGGAUACAUGGAGCUUCUCGGUCAACUCACCGUCACGGGAUCACUCACCGACGAAGAAUUCGAUCGGCGGUUCCAAGAGAUCAGCUCGUACGGAGACGACCACUUGAUCUGCGUGAUCGAAGACGAGUCCUCCGGCAAAAUCGCGGCGACGGGGAGCGUGGUGAUAGAGAAGAAGUUCCUGAGGAGCUGCGGGAAAGUCGGGCACAUCGAGGACGUCGUCGUGGACUCUGAGUUUCGCGGGAAGCAUCUUGGGAAGAGAGUGGUGGAGUUUCUGACGGAUCAUAGCAGAGAGAUGGGUUGCUACAAGGUGAUUCUUGAUUGUAGCGUGGAGAAGAAAGUGUUUUAUGAGAAGUGUGGGAUGUUCAAUAGAGGGAUUCAGAUGUCUAAGUACUUCGAUUGAUUGAAACUCUCUUCUUGUUUUUUGCCUUGUCUUUAUAUCAAAGUCUGUGUCUUUAAUGUGAUAACACUUUGAUAAACACACAAAAUAAGAUAAAAGGUUUGGACUU